ACUGGCUUCCAGAAGAAACGUCUCCUGCACCUUUACCUAAUCACAAGUCGGAAGCGGCUCAUCCUGCGCGUCCUACCAGCGACCUGUCUGCUGAAGAAAUGGGGAACAGCAAACUGUCAGCGCUCCUUUCACUUAUCGGUGUCAUGCUGAUCUGGCCAUAUGUACUCACCAAGAGUGUCUCACCCAGAGUGCAGACUGCAGACAGCGCCUCUCUCCCUGCAGGGCAGGGAGAAAAGCGCCCACAUGCGGUUAAGCGAUCGACGCAGAACUGCGACAGCUCCUAUGACAACUACUGUUUGAACGACGGCCAGUGCAUGCUGCUUCUGGACAUCAAUGAACACCACUGCAAGUGUGAGAGGGGCUUCAUUGGCCCCAGGUGUGACACACCGGAACUCGUUUUUCAGCCAAUGGGUGAAGGGCAAAUAAUUGUCAUAGUUUUCUGCGUGAGUCUGCUGAUUAUAGGAUUGGCUGGAGCUCUGUACUUGUGCUGCAAAUGGUAUAAGAAGAACAGAUUUCCUCGUCAGCCGAAGCGGCAGGGUUACACGGGAGUCCAGAUGGCUUAGUGUCUCACACAAUCUUAUGGCAUCCUCUGCUGGAAAAGGCAAAUCGGGAUUGCCCCAGUUUCAACAUACCACGAUCCUCCUGGCAAGCUUACGCUCAGUGGCUGGUUUACUGAAUUGUUCCUACUUCCGUUAUGCUGUACGUCACACGGCUUUAUCGAGCGGGCAGAUCAUCACAAAGAGAUUAAAAUGGUCAGCUUUGUGUGCGGUGGGAUUGUUUUCCAACUGCACCUGUUACACUCAGUUUGAAAAGAUGAAUAGUCAGACGCACAAAAACAGUUUCUAUGGGUGACACCGCCCACACGAUACUGAAAAUUAAUGGAAAAUGAACAAUUGUGAAGCUGCAACUAUUGUAUUUUGCUGCAAGGAGAAAUGUAGUUCUGCACUGGCUGACAAUAACCACCAGAACUGAUCAUAAUCAUUAUGAUGCUGUGACUUCCUCACUUUGGACCCUCUGUUUUUAUGAGGCCUAAAUAUAGAAUCUCAAAAGCUUUUCUGUGGUUCAGUGAGGCUGCGAUAUCUUUUCAAUCAACCUUCAAGAUCCAAAAAUAGAACUAGUUGAAAAUGUUUUGUUCGUCUAACAGUCCAGUCUACUCCUACUACUACUUAAUGUCCUAAAAUACAGAUUAGCACUGUUUACACUGUGGUUUGAAUGUUGUUUUUAAUUUAUGUUUAGCUCAUCUGCCUGCUCUAGCUUUUAUUUAUUGUUGCCUUUUUGCACUUGCAAGCGUGAUGAUGUUACUUUAAACCGGCCGCUGGGUGUAAAGUUUUGCCCUUUAACAGUUGAAGCUUUUCCUCAUUCUGAUAAUUUAAAGUAGUAACGUUUAUAUUCUGUGGAAUCUUUGUCUGUGUUUGAAGCUCUGUUACAAAGUAUGAAUGCAAUUCGAUUUUUCUUUUUUUACUCUCGCAUGUUUCAGUCAUUCUUCGGGUGAUAAGGCUGCAGCUGCGAGUCUUCAAAUUCUUCUCAAGCCUUCAUGCAGUUUUCACAUUUUUCUUCCAUGUGAUCAACAUCUCUCUUUAAUAUAUAUUAAUUUUUUAAAUUUAUUUUGUGUUUUUUAUUGUUUUGUGCCUUCAUAUUUUAGCAACACAUGUAGAAACGACUUUUUGCUGCACACUUUGCAUAAUAUUUUUUGCUUGGGCAGUUAUAUCUGCACAUGAACCGGGAAAACAUGUUCAAUCAAAUACAAAUUAAAUAUAUUG